AUGGAUAAGUGCUUUGCGAAGGGCCAGCUAGUGUGGGCAAAACUUAAAGGGUAUCCAUGGUGGCCUGGAGUGGUAAUAAUAAUUUAGGUAACACAAGCAGAAGAGCCAGGCUAUGGGGUAAAUGCAGCUGAAAAAUCAAGAUUCGUCAAAGUCAAUUUCAUUGGGGAAAACUCACAGUAACUGACAUAUAGCUCGAACUUAUCAGAAAAUAACGUUUGUGACUACCAAGAAAACUAUGCGAAAUAUUGCUUCGCCAAGAAAAAGGUGAAAAAUAAGCAGUUUCUGAAGAAAAGCAUUGAAGCAGCCAACGACAUAUUGAAUGGAAAAAUCUCGAUUUCAGAGUUGCCAAAAAUCAAUGAAUAUAUUAAUAAAAGCUUAUUUCCCCCAAAAAUUAAUUUGAAUGAAAUAAAGAAAAAAUCAUAUGUGAAAGAGUUAAAAGACAUUGAAGAAAGCCUCGAUAGCAAAGAAACAAAAAAUAAUAGGUGUUUGAAGCUCACAGAAAUUCCUUAUACACUUGUAACAUUUAUUCAGAAUAAAGUUAUGAAACUACAGAAGAUUUUAACUGGGUAUACUUCAGCGAACACGAGUAAAAUGAAUAUUGAUAAAAUGACCCUUCACAAUUUGUAUGAGCACUUUUCUUAUCUUUUGAACUCUGAUCCAACUUCCUCAGCUUUGAAUUCUUCAGAAAUUUUAAAAGCUAUUAAGCAUUUUCAUGAAGAGUUUAUUGAUAAUGAUGAUCAUAUUUUGAGUGAACUUGCAAAAUUGGCCCACAAGUUAUAUUUGUUUUGGAAAAGGAAAAUAAUAUCUCAUGUGCUAGGGAACUCAGACUAUAAAGAACCUGAGAAAAAAUCAGCUGAAGCUCCAGUAAAAAAAAUAAAUGAAAGUCCUGUGAAAAAUAUACAUGAAGUUCCUGUGAAAAAAGCUCAUGAAAGUCCUAUGAAAAAAAUACCUGAGAGCCUGAAAAAGACCAAAAGCACUAUAAUGGUACCAGAAUUACAAAUUUCUUCAAGCGAGUCAACAACUUCUUCAUCCCCUGAGAUUUCUUGCCAAUAUUAUAAUACAGAGGAUGAAUUUUGUCCAGAUCCUAACUUGAAACAGAAAACUUGUGAGCAAAUUGUGAGAGUUUUGACGACAAAUGGGUUUGAGACUAAUAAAGCUGGGGAGUUAGCAGCUUGUAUUGAAAGGAAGUUAAGGCGUAAAGACCCGAGCAUGAAAUGCCAAUACUUGAAGUUUUUUAAUUUGAUGAUUGAAGAUAUAAAGUUGCUGAGUAAAGAAAAUUAUGAAAGGAGUGAAGAAAUCAAGAAGAAAAAUAAUUGCGUAGUGUAA